AUGGCCAGCGACCUGGAGAAGUACAGUCUUGAGGAAGGAACAAGGGCGAGGGCCAUGGCAAUGAUCAUAGUAGCGCAGGAGCACACACGGUGCUGCCACAACAUCAAGGUCCAGGGAGCAAUCAACAAAAAAAUCACCAGCGAGCUGAAGGCCAUGCCACAGCAUCUCUCAACUGAGGAGGAGGUGGUGUACAUCAAAAAGCGCCAGAGUGAGCUGCAAGAAGAGGGCAAUGCAAUUGCAGAAGAGGAGAGGGAGGAAUCUAGCGAGGAGGAGCUUAGUGAUGGUGCAGUUGAUGCACUAAUUGACUGUUAUGGAGAUGGGGAGGAUGAGGACAAUGAAGAUGACUAA